CAACUUCUAGCCUUUUCAACCUGUUGUUGACAGCCUUUAGAUUCUCAGAUAUGUGGACCCCUCCGUGCAUGUGCAUUGCCUUUCAAUUACAGGCUACAGCUCCCCAUUCCCCCCCUCUCCCUUCCUACUUACUCCUCUCCCAUCAAUACCAACCGCUCUCUCUCUCCCUCUCCAUGGUUCUUCAAAUUGGGUUUUUUUGCUUCUUCUCUUUGCUUUCUAUUUCUUUUCUAUCAAGAAACUAUAAGCCCAUGCAUUAUUUCACUUAGAAAGUUUACUUCUUUUGCUGCAGAAACAGAAAAAGGCACCAACUCUCUCUUCGCUUCUCUCUAAAGAUGAAGAGAAAAAGCUGUCAAAGUUUGAAGCUUUUUAUGAUUUUCCUUUUUGGGUUUUCUUCAAUCUUUCGUUAUGCAAGCUCUCAAGCAAGCCCGGAUGCUGAAGUUAUGCUAUCUCUCAAAAAAAGUCUCAAUGUACCAGAUUCACUUGGAUGGUCGGACCCGGAUCCAUGCAAAUGGAACCAUGUAGUUUGUUCGGAUGAAAAACGGGUCACCCGGAUCCAAAUUGGACGCCAAAAUCUUCAAGGUACACUCCCUUCAAAUCUUCAAAACCUUACUCAACUUGAACGUUUAGAGCUUCAGUAUAACAACAUUUCGGGUCAUUUGCCAAGUUUAAACGGGUUAAGUUCAUUACAAGUGAUCCUCUUAAGUGACAAUAAGUUCACUUCAGUCCCUAGUGACUUCUUCGCCGGUUUGUCUUCACUUCAAUCAGUGGAGAUUGAUAACAACCCGUUUUCCAAUUGGGUCAUUCCAGAAAGUAUACAAAAUGCUUCUGGUUUGCAAAAUUUUUCUGCAAAUUCAGCUAAUAUAUCCGGGUCAAUACCGAGUUUUUUUGGCCCAGAUGCUUUUCCGGCUCUAACCAUUUUGAGGUUAGCUUUUAAUGAUCUUGAAGGUGAAUUGCCUGCAAGUUUUUCAGGGUCACAAGUUCAGUCUUUGUGGCUUAAUGGACAGAAACUUAGUGGUAGCAUUUAUGUUAUUCAGAACAUGACUUUGUUAAGAGAAGUUUGGUUGCAGUCUAAUGGGUUUUCGGGUCCUUUACCUGACUUUUCGGGUUUGAAAGACUUAGAGAGCUUGAAUUUAAGAGAUAAUUCAUUUACUGGUCCCGUUCCUGAGUCUUUGGUUAAUCUUGAGUCUUUAAAGGUUGUGAAUUUGUCAAAUAAUUUGCUUCAAGGACCAAUACCUGUGUUUAAGAGCUCCGUUUCUGUGGAUAUGGUUAAGGAUUCUAACAGAUUCUGCUUGUCAACUCCUGGUCCAUGUGAUUCGCGAGUUAAUACCUUGCUUUCGAUAGUGAAAUCAAUGUAUUACCCACACAGGUUGGCAGAUGGUUGGAAGGGGAAUGAUCCAUGUGCAGAUUGGUUUGGAAUAACAUGUAAUAAGGGGAACAUCACUGUUGUUAACUUUGAGAAGAUGGGGCUAACAGGCUCGAUUUCUCCAGAUUUUGCAUCACUUAAGUCAUUGGAAAGGUUGGUUCUUGCAAAUAAUAAUCUGACAGGUUUGAUUCCGCAAGAGAUUACUACCUUACCUAGACUUAAGGCACUUGAUGUGUCAAACAAUCAGCUUUAUGGGAAAGUUCCGGCCUUUACGAACAAUGUGAUCGUUAAUACUAAUGGUAAUCCACAUAUAGGGAAGGAUGUGAAUAGUUCUACAUCUCCAGGAUCCCCAUCUGCAAGUCCAUCGGCAAAUACUGGUUCUGGAAGUGGUAGCAAUUCAGGAAAAAGUGGCAAGAAAUCUUCCGCUUUCAUCGGAGUCAUUGUGUUUUCUGUGGUUGGGGGUGUUUUCUUAUUGUUCUUGAUCGGCUUGGUGGUUUUCUGUCUGUAUAAGAAGAAACAAAAGCGGUUUAGCAGAGUACAGAGUCCGAAUGAAAUGGUGAUUCAUCCUCGCCACUCGGUGUCUGAUAAUGAGAGUGUGAAGAUUACUGUUGCUGGAUCAAGUGUUAGUGUUGGUGCUAUUAGUGAAACACAUACAAUUCCUACAAGUGAACAGGGUGACAUUCAAAUGGGUGAAGCUGGGAACAUGGUCAUUUCUAUUCAAGUUUUAAGGAAUGUUACUAACAAUUUCAGUGAAGAAAACAUAUUGGGACAAGGAGGUUUUGGAGUGGUCUAUAAAGGUGAGUUGCAUGAUGGUACAAAGAUUGCUGUGAAGAGGAUGGGGUCUGGGGUCAUAAGUAGUAAAGGGCUAAAUGAAUUCAAGUCUGAGAUUGCUGUUUUGACUAAGGUUAGGCACCGGCAUCUUGUUGCUCUUCUUGGGUACUGCUUGGAUGGUAAUGAGAAGCUUCUUGUGUAUGAGUAUAUGCCACAAGGGACACUCAGUAGACAUCUCUUCAACUGGGCAGAAGAAGGAUUGAAACCAAUGGAGUGGACAAGAAGGUUGACAAUAGCCUUGGAUGUAGCUAGAGGUGUCGAGUAUCUUCAUGGUUUGGCUCAUCAAAGCUUUAUACACAGGGACUUAAAGCCUUCAAACAUUCUUCUCGGGGAUGAUAUGAGGGCUAAGGUUUCAGAUUUUGGCCUUGUGCGCCUUGCACCAGAGGGUAAAGGCUCUAUUGAAACUAGAAUUGCUGGAACUUUUGGAUAUUUGGCACCAGAAUAUGCAGUUACUGGUCGAGUGACAACUAAAGUUGAUGUUUUCAGUUUUGGAGUGAUAUUGAUGGAACUUAUAACUGGCAGAAAAGCUCUUGAUGAUAGCCAGCCUGAAGAGAGCAUGCAUCUUGUAACGUGGUUCCGCAGAAUGCACCUGAACAAGGACACAUUCCGGAAGGCCAUCGAUCCCACAAUUGACCUCAAUGAGGAAACACUUGCCAGCAUCAGCACCGUAGCAGAGUUGGCAGGUCACUGCUGUGCUAGGGAACCAUAUCAAAGGCCAGACAUGGGUCAUGCUGUGAAUGUUCUCUCUUCUCUGGUGGAGCUGUGGAAACCAACCGACCACAGUUCUGAAGACAUAUAUGGUAUUGACCUUGAAAUGUCCUUGCCGCAGGCACUUAAGAAGUGGCAAGCUUAUGAAGGUAGAAGCAACAUGGAAUCUUCUUCUUCUUCACUCCUUCCCAGCUUAGACAAUACUCAGACCAGCAUACCUGCGCGCCCAUAUGGGUUUGCUGAGUCAUUUACAUCAGCUGAUGGAAGAUGAGUGUGGUAGUUGUAAAUGGUGGAGGUGGUGGUGGUUUUCUAUGUUCAUUCUAUUUGCAGCUCCUUUGCUGUUUUGUUUGUAAACUUGUCUAAUUCCUAACUCCUUCAUGUUCUAGUCUCAUCCUGUUGUCUCAUAUUUUUCUUGGAAAUGUAGUUUGGAUGUUGGUCACUUGUAUUAGAGGUUUUGAAAAUGAAAUGGAUAAGGUGUUCUAGAA